UUGCGGCUGUCGGGAGCGCGCACGUCCCGAAGCCCGCGCCCUUUGGCCAUCGCAGAGGCCGCUCCCGCGCAGGUCUGUCGGUCGCGUUUACGCGACCCCGAGUCUGCGGGAACCCUGAAAAAUCCCACCCAUGUGGAAGUUGCUACCCAUCGCGGGCCCGGCCCGAGAACCAUACAGACUUUUGACUGGUGUUGAGUAUGUUGUUGGAAGAAAAAACAGCAGCAUUCUAAUUGAAGAUGACAAAUCCAUCAGUCGAGACCACGCUGUGUUAACUGCUAAUUUUUCUAUAACCAACCUGAGUCAAACAGACGAAAUACCUAUAUUGACAAUUAAAGAUAAUUCUAAAUAUGGUACCUUUGUUAAUGAGGAGAAAAUGCAGACUGCAACUUCCCUAACUUUGAAGACAGGGAAUAGAGUUACUUUUGGAGUCUUUGAAAGUAAAUUCAGAGUAGAGUACGAGCCUUUGGUUGCUUGCUCCUCUUGCUUAGAUGCCUCUAGGAAAGCUUCUUUGAAUGAAGCUAUAUUACAACUUGGAGGACAUACUAUAAACAGCUGGACAGAAGAAUGUACUCACCUUGUCAUGGUGUCAGUUAAAGUUACUAUUAAAACAAUAUGUGCACUCUUAUGUGGAUGUCCAAUAGUGAAACCAGAAUAUUUUGCUGAAUUUGUGAAAGCAGUUCAGUCUAAGAAAGAACCUCCACAAAUUGAAAAUUUUAUCCCACCUAUUGAUGAGCCAGCUAUUGGAAGUAAAAUUGAUCUAUCAAGAAGAGAGGAAAGAAAACAAAUCUUCAAAGGGAAAACAUUUGUAUUUUUAAAUGCCAAACAGCAUAAAAAAUUAAGUUCAGCAGUUGUUUUUGGAGGAGGAAGUGCUAGAUUGAUAACAGAAGAGAAUGAAGAAGCUGAUAGUUUCUUUUCCACACCUGGAACUUGUGUUGUUGAUGUAGGAAUAACAAAUUCACAGACCUUAGUUCCUGACUCCCAGAAAAAAUGGGUUAAUUCAAUUAUGGAUAUGCUUCAAAGGCAGGGUUUGAGGCCUAUUCCUGAAGCAGAAAUUGGAUUGGCAGUUAUUUUUAUGACAACAGAGAAUUACUGUGAUCCUCAGGCCCAGCCCAGCAUAGAAUUGAAGACAGCCACUCCAAGGCCUACCCUUUCUCAGAGCUCAUCCGUCAGUGACAAAUUAAUGCCAAGUAUCCCAGUGAACACUACAACAUAUGUUCCUGACACAGAAUCAAAGCAAGUAGAUACAUGUAUGGAUUUCAGUGAAAAACUGAAAGAAAUACAAAGCUCCAGAAUAGAACAGAAAUUCAGAAUGUCUUCACAGGAAACCUCUACUACAAAGGAAUCUGCCAAAAUAAACUCCAAUAAUGAUAAUAUAUCAAAUACUAUGAUUAAGACAAAAAUCGCAGACUAUCAGCUUUCACCAACUAAGUUCUUAGGUGUAAAUAAAAGUAGAGAUUGGGCGUCUCAUCAGCAGCAGACUAACUCGAUCAAAAAUUAUUUUCAGCCAGCUACAAAGAAAAGCAAGAGAAUGGAAUUGGGAAGAAAUAUGGUCUCAAGAAAGAAUCACUACAGUCAAGUAAAGAAGAAUUAACUAACAAUGACACAUUCCAGGAGGUUGGUGAAAUGCUUCCAAGGAAGUUGUUACUGACUGAAUUUAGAUCUCUGGUUAUUGAUAACUCUAAUUCCAGAAGUAUAUCCAAUGUAAAUAAUGAUUAUGGUCAACUAAAGAAUU